GGCGAAAAUUAUAAUCUUUUUAAUUUUCAGAAUAAUAAUGAAACCAUUAUGAAUGUUCCUAUUUAUUAUAAUUCAAUCGAUACUAAUGAACAUGAAUAUGAUAUUUUGCUUGAAGGUGACAACGAAGAAAAAAACCCGAAUUAUGUUUUAAAUUAUUUGUGCAAUGUUCUUGAAGAG